AUGACGCAGGAGGAAGCCGAUGCUUUAACGCUUCGUGAUGUCUAUGGCUACCUCAUGAAGAAGCUGAACAACGAGGAGUCACUCGAGAUUAAGGAAGAUCGUCCGGUGAGAAGGCUGUGGCGGUUUUUGGUAAGGAAAACGAGUGAGUAUGGUCGUGAUCAAGACAUUAGUGUGACUAGCAAUGAAGGUUCUGAGUUUAUGUUUGGCUGUAUGUGUCUGCAGAUCUUGGGUGGAUGUGAGAGUAACCGUGCGGCGAUGACUAAGGCGGGUGUGGUGAAUUUAUUGCUGGGUGCAAUGCAUCGGCAGAGGGAUGAGCAGGUGGCGCAGCACGCGGUAUUGACGAGUUUGGAGUUGGCUCAGUACGCUGAGUUUGCGGAGGAGUUGGCUUCUACAGACGCGAAGCGGAAGUUGUUGGUGUCGAUGGUGGAGCGUGCCCGUGCUUGUACGCAAGAGUGCGUCUAUGAUGAUGUCGAAGACCUGGUGGGGCCGCGAGUUCAAUUGCUAGAGCGAACGGCUUUGACGGUGGAGACAUACAACGAUACGGAUGCCCUGGAACAGGUUUUGGAAGCGUGGAACGAUUACGACUAUUAUUUUUACGGGAAGCUGCGUGUGCACUCGGCUGCAGAUCUCCAGGCGCUCCAGAAAAGCGACCGCAAGACAAAGAGCCCCAACAAACUUGGCCGACGUGCUUCGCUCGCGCGCCGAGCCAGUCAACUCUUCCGGCGCAAAGAACGGAAUGGCUCCGACCUGUCGGACGCGUCCAGCGAUCUGGCGCCCUCCACGGCAGCCACGCCGCUCGAGAGGCGACGGUCCGUAGUGUCGCCGCCCGCGCCCGAAAAGGCCUCGCCUUUGGAACGACGUAAGAGCGUUGUCAGUCCGGACGCCUUGGGCCAGGGGAGCCCCGCCAAAGGCAGUGCCGGCGCGGUUGGCGCCGACCAGCAAUCGGGCGGACUCAUCCGGCGCGCCUCCCAAAUGUUCAUGGCAACGCCUUCGCCGAAACGCGACUCAACCAAGUCGCCAUUGCCAGCGAACGUCAGCAUCGCCCACGCGAGGCGCCAAAGCCUGGGGUGCGCAGCGGCGACGGCGCCGAUUCAAAGACGGGCGUCCUUUUUUGCGCGCAAGACACCGGAACCAACAGCGGUGAUCAAGGAAAAGGAUGAGAAGGAGAAGGCCAGUUACUUGAUGCGCCGUGCGAGCAUGGCACCAGACACGGUGGAUGUGCAGGCCAUUGCACGUAAGAUUAGUUUGGGUAGCGAUGUAGAGCUGCGUAGCACAGGAAUGGAGAGCGCUGCCUUCGAUUGCGACACAGUGGACUUUGACCAGCAGCAGUUUGUUUCUCAUAUGUUGGAGCAUGUGAUGCGGGCAUUACGCAAGCUUGCGAAUCCCAGUAACUUCGCUGAGCUCUUUCGGAAGAAUGUGCCACUGAGACUUGUCGGAUUGGUGGUCGACACAGAGACACCGCCUGCGGCGUUCUCAGAUGUCCUGUACCUCAUUGGGUCGACCGCGGGGCAUAAGUUGGAAAGCGGUAAGCUGCUUAAAGAUUUGUACUGUGAGUACAAGGCGGUGGAUUCGAUCGUAUCUCUCAUUAAGCGAGCCUACAAGCAAAAGGGCGCCUACGUCUCCGAGACGAUCACGAACGGUUGUUUGGCCUUGGCUGCGCUCGUGGUGGUUCACUUACCGAACAUUCGCCGGUUCCAAAAGCAUGGUGGUGUAUUUUUGUUGGUGGAUUUGAUUAAUGUUCGCGGUAGCUUUAACGACAGCAGCUCGGUUAAUGGCGCCUCAGCUCUGGUAUGUAAUCUUUGUUUCAAGAACCCAGAUAUGAAGGGCUCGCUUGGCGCAGCUGGCGCGUGUGCCGCAUUGACAACAGCCUGUCAACUCUAUGAGUCUGAAGGUGGCCUGUCGAGCUCGCGUAAUAUCGCUUCUUUAUUCCGCGCGAUCGGCAAUCUAGCACUCAACCAAGACAACAUGCAACGUUUCCUAGAUGCGCGCAUUGAUCGAGCCUUUGCAAGCUUCCUAGGCCAGGUUGACGACGAACUAGAUGCUACCACCGUCGAAUCUAGUCUCCGAACACUCAGCAACCUCGCGAUUGAGCGAGACAAUAUGGAAAUAUUCCAAAUUGUUAUUGUACCGUUCCUAUCCCUACUUCGGAAAGAACGCCAUGACUAUUCCAACAUCCAUAAAUGGGCAUUCGACACUCUUGCCAACCUAUGCAGACUGCCGGAGAAUGCGCAAGUCUUUUGCCGUAAUGCGGGCGUGGAAACAAUCUUCGAGGUUUUGCCGUAUCUCGACAAGAACACACAUCUGUGGGCGUCCGUUAUCCACGUGCUAGGUAUCCAGACCACGCACGAGCCAAAUGUGCGGGUCUUAUUGGACGCCGAGGUCUUCGCUGUACUUGACCGAUGUCUGAAGGAGUUCAAACUUUCCGUCAAAAAGGACAAGCAAAAAUUGAUGCAAUUGACUGCAUCAAAAUCGAAACGUGACCCUGGUGAGUUGGAGGAAGACGGCAAUGGUGUGAAGAGUGCGGAUGAUCAAAAUCUGGCGAUUUUGCAAUUGUCGCAAAUGCCUGUUUCAGGUAUGAGGUGUGCACACCGUUUGCUAAAGAGCAAGACUGCAGCGGAAUUAUGCAUCCAAUCGGGUGUGUUUACUCAUGCCAUGGAUGUGUUGUCGAUGGACUUGAAGCAGCAAAUGUUAAGUUAUGAAUGUCUGAGAGUGAUUUUAGCGACCAUCGCGCAUUUGAGGGGACCAGAUGCUAAACAACCCGAAGACUAUCCGGUCUUAGCCGCAACGCACGUAGCAGAUGAGAGUGACCCGUUCUUGACCGACGGCUGGGGAGCUAGCGAGUUGCAGUCGAUCAUAGCCGGUAAUAACCCUCUUGGAUACUUUUAUUCAGACCCCACGAAACCGGCAUGGCGAACGGAGUUGGGGGCGCAGGUAUACCGGGAAGAAAGAGAACAACGCAUCUGGGAAGAGCUUGGCAUGACCAGACGGAUGAAUGAGCUAGUCGAGGCUGUACGCCGCCAAAUAGGUGACCCGCGAGCUAACCGGAACAUGCGGCUUCUCAAGGUCGGAAUCGGAUUUUUGGCGUGGGUCGCCAACGAAAGGAUCUGCAUUACCACCUUGCUCCGGCGGCUGGACGUGGAUGUGGACCCAGUGACUCAGGAACCAGUGAACCUACGACAGACUGCGCCGGAGGAGGUGGUUGACAGCGGACCGAAAACGUUGCAAAGGCGGAAGAGUGUGUGGGACGCAUUCAAACGGGAAAAAAAGACGGAGGAGGAAGACCGUGCGACGAAACGUGGUUUCGGCCGAGGACGUAAAACGGAGCCAGAGGGUGUGAUCGACAUCGUAGGUGACGUGUUCCAGAACAUGUGGAACGACGACAAAACAAUUACCGAGUGUUUCGCACUGCUUAACGGACUCGUGUUCUGCGCCUUUGGGAACCCCGACCUUUGUGCGCUGCUUGCGGACGUCCCUAUCUACCGGAAGAUAAAAGAUUUUAUGGACUCACUUGACGGCACCAAGACCAACGCAUACUGGAUCAUGAGUCUUAGAAACUACAAACGUUUCCUCAUGACUCAGGGCUCCUUCGUACCGAAAGAGGACGGCAUGGGCAUGCUAUCUGAUGUCGAGGUUAGUCCCAUCAACGAACCCGCCACCUCAAGACUAACUAGUCGUGCUGAAAAAGGGAGCGCGAAACGUGCCUUCAAAGAAAAAGACAUCCGCGUCAUGCAUAACCUCCUGCUACCAGACUACCCCUUCGCCCUCACCGAUUGGCACGUUGACCCGUUCCCCGACGGCAUCAUGAGCCUCCCCCUUGACCAACGCGCCGCUCUCCGCAAGGGUGGACGAGCAGACCUCUACGAAGCCGACGGGCUCAAGUACCAAUUCUUCUGGCAGUCCAGCCACGAUCUCACGUCUUUCGAAUGGAGGACAUUGACUGUGGAAGAAAAUGUGAAGGAUGUAGAAGACCCCACCUAUCCGUACAAUAUUGCGAUUGCACGCAUUAUUACAGUGACUCCGGGCACCGCUGGCUCCUCUGCUUUCGAGGUUGCGGCGCAAAAGGGAGAGCCGAUUUCAGCCAAUCGUUGUUGUGUAAUCCUAGGUCCACCAACACCGACACAUACGCAGGGUGUAAAUCUGAGUCUCAGGUUCGGUGCUGCUUCCGUAAGGGAUGCGUUCAUUAAGCAGGUUGCCAACUGGCGGGAGGCGCAAGCCUUCGGUUUUUUGUGA